AGCGGAAGUGUAAAACAAUUAAAACAAGGCGAGCGUUAGCGGACCUUCAAAUGUGUGUUUUGUUUAUUCGCUUAAAGGUCAAAUGAUGUUGAAAGACUUGGUGAAGGAGCGACUAAUGGCGGCAGCCGAUGAAAUAUUCGCGCUGUUUGAAAGAACGAUAGCGUCGUACGAGGAGGAACUAUCUCGAUGGAGAGAGGAGAAGGAGCGACAUCGACGACAACUGGAAGCUUCUAGCAAGACUCACAUUGUGCUACACGUUGAAAACAUGCAGCAGCUCAUGGUUCGUCAAGAAGAACGUCCCCGUCAAUCGCAGGAUGGGAGCUCCACUAUGAGGCAGGAGGAUCCACAGCCCCCCGACAUUAAAGAGGAAGGGGAGGAAUUGGCGAUCACUCACGACUCGGAGGCCGAUCUCACAGAGUUUCCACUGACUGUCGUCUCUGCCAAGACUGAAAUCCAUGAUGACGAAGCACCCGAGUCCUCUCAGAUUCGUCACAGUCCGAGUGAGAAGAACCGAGGGACAGAGCCUCCAAGCAGCAGCUCAUUACAACAUGAAGAAGCCGAUGGAGACCACUGUGGAGGAUCACAACCAGACAGCCUCCUAGCUCCACUGUCAGAUAGUGAGGCUGAAGACAUGGAAAAUCCCAAAGGACUUUUGAGCGGCGAUACAGACUGUAAAGGUGAUACGAGGACUCAAACUAACAACAACCGCGCUAAAAAGAAGACCGAUAAAAAACGUUCGACUUGCUCCGUUUGUGCCAAAAGCUUUACUUUUCAGAGGGAUUUGUCUCGACACAUGAGAACGCACACGGGAGAAAAACCUUUUAGUUGCUUAGUCUGUGGCGAACAUUUCUCUCAAAAGGGAAAUAUGGUGAAACACAUGAGAACACACGAGAGAACACACACCGUAGAUAAACCUUUUAGUUGCUUGGUUUGUGGCCGUUUAUUUUCUCAGAGUUGUACUUUGAAGACGCACAUGAGAACACACACGGGAGAAAAACCUUUUAAAUGUUCAGUUUGCGGAGAAGGUUUCUCUCAGAAAUCCAAUAUGGUCAAGCACAUGCGAACGCACACCGGGGAAAAACCUUUCUGUUGCUCGGUUUGUGGCCGUAUAUUUUCUCAGAGGUGCACUUUGACAAGACACAUGAGAACACACACUGGAGAAAAACCUUUUAGUUGUGUGCUUUGCGGUAAAAGGUUCUCUCAAAAGGAAACCAUGCUGUCACACGUGAGAACCCACACCGGAGACAAACCCUUUAGUUGUUCAUUUUGUAGUAAAACAUUCACUUUUAAGUCAAAUAUGGCAAAACACAAGAGAAUACACACAGGCGAAAAACCUUUUAGUUGCUCAGUUUGCAAUAAAAGAUUCAUUUACAAAGCGAGUAUGGUAGCACACAUGAGAACACACACGGGUGCAAAAACAUAUUCUUGUUCGCUCUGUGCUAAAACAUUUACUCGGCACGGCAAUUUGAUGGCACACGUGCGAACACACAAAGAAUAAACGGUAAGGAAAUGGUAAACAGCCUUGCCAGGCUUAUGAUAAUUAUCAUAACUCUGAAAAUGUCACCCUCUGUAUAGUUAAAGUUACCGUAUUUUUCGGAGUAUAAGUCAUACUUGCCAACCUUGAGACCUCCGAUUUCGGGAGGUGG